UCUUAAUAUCUGUGUUUUUCAUAACCCUAAAUAUCGCUUCUCGUACGGAAUUAAAUCAAAUCACCCUCCUUCUUUCUCUCUCUUCCCAAAUCCCUAAUCAACCAAAAAAUCCCUCUUUGAAGAAGGCUUUUGCCGGAGAUUUAAUGCGGAAAGAUGAAAGGUCCAUCGCUUUUUAACCCCUAUGUUCGUGGUGGUAUUGCCCAGAAAAACCAUCAUGUUCUUGGCGGUAGGCACUGGCACCGUAAAUACGUCGAAGACGGCUAGUUUUCGUUUUUUGUUCUUCAACGUCUUGUGAAUUCCAAUCUCUUUCUCUCUCUCUCUAUCCAAUUUUUGUUGUUCUUUCUGGGUUAUUUGAAUUUGUAGACGGGUCUAAGAAAAAUCUGAUAGAUUUUGUAAAUUUUUCGAUCCCCAAACAUGAUGGGGGGAUUGAUGUUAGCUGUUAAGGAUAUGAAGGGUUCGAGCGAUCAAGCUCAGCCCCCGAAACAAUACUGUAAGAUGGUGAUGCAUGGGAAGUAUGAGCUUGGAAGGGUUUUGGGUCAAGGUACUUUCGCACGCGUUUAUUAUGCACGCAACGUUGAGACAGGGAAGAGCGUCGCAAUGAAAGUAAUUGGGAAGCAAAAGGUUGUUCGUGCGAAGAUGAUGGAUCAAAUGAAGAGAGAAAUUAGCGUGAUGAAGAGAUUAAAACACCCGAAUAUUGUUGAGCUUUAUGAGGUUAUGGCUACCAAAUCUAAGAUCUUCUUGGCUAUGGAGCUCGUCCGCGGCGGCGAGCUCCAUAUGAAGGUGUCAAAGGAAGGGAAAUUGGAGGAAGAUUUGGCAAGAUCAUACUUCAAACAGCUAAUUUCUGCUGUUGAUUAUUGCCAUAGUCGUGGUGUUUUCCACCGUGACUUGAAGCUGGAAAAUCUUUUACUUGAUCAAGAUGGAAAUGUGAAGGUAACUGAUUUUGGGUUAAGUGCUUUGUUUGAGGAAAAGGGGGAGAAUGAGCAAGUAAUGUUGAGGACCUGUUGUGGGACACCGCACUAUGUAGCGCCUGAAAUAGUGUCCAAGAAAGGUCAAGGCUAUGAUGGUGCAAAGGCUGAUAUUUGGUCUUGUGGUAUCAUUUUAUAUGUUCUUCUUGCUGGGUACCUCCCAUUUCAUGAUGAAAAUGUUGUCCAAUUAUACCGUAAGGUUAACAAUGGCGAUUUCACUUGCCCAACAUGGUUUUCCUCUGAAGCUAAAGAUUUGAUCAUCAGAAUGUUGGACCCGAAUCCUUCAACUCGGAUCACAGUAUCCGAAAUCAUGGAAUCAAGCUGGUGGAAUUUUGAUGUUACUGUAAACUCAUAUGAACAAGAAACUGAUGCUUCAUCCUUUGUUAAGAAGGAACUAGAAGCCUUGAAUGCAUUCCAUAUCAUAUCAAUGUCAGAAGGGUUAGACCUGUCUCCACUCUUCUUAGAAUCAAAGAAGAAGAGAGAGGAGAGGGAAGAGAUAGGAUUCACAACAACAAUCUCAACAAAUGCAAUGAUUUCUAGGCUGGAAGAAGCAGCAGCCAAGAUGGGUAAGUUCAAGAUCAGCAAGGUAGGGGAUUCAGUGGUGAGAUUGCAGAGUCUUGAAAAGGGAAGGAAAGGUAAACUGGUAAUUGAAGUGGAGCUUUUUACAGUUUCAUCAUCCUUUUUAAUGGUGGAAGUUAAGAAGGAUAAUGGUGAUACGCUUGAGUUUAACCAGUUUUGCAAAAACUUCCUUCGCCCUGUUCUUAUGGAUGUUGUGGUUUGGACUACUCCAUCUGAAUUCACCAACUCACCUGCCCCUUAUGCUGUCUUGUGCUAAAAUUUUGUAUAAAACCCCUUUGGUUUUAGAAUUUGACAUGUUUUCUUUCAUAUAUAUAUAUAUAUAUAUAUAUAUAUAUAUAUAUAUAUAUAUAUAUAUAUAUAUAUAUAUAUAUAUAUAUAUAUAUAGCUUUCUUGCUGUUUUUUUUCAUGUUGUGUUUAUUACUUAUUUAGUAAGAUUAUUUAUUCUUUUUUAUUGUUACUUUUGUGGGUUUUGUUUAUAUUAUUAAGUAAUAGUAAUAAGUAUUAGUUUCAUGAUUCAUUUCUGUGUUGAUAGUUUGCCAAAUUCUUAGGAUUACUUUACAUGCUUACUGCAUAGUUCAGCUAGGUAUUAACAAUCAUUAUUGAGCUUGUUCUCCAAUGUCUAGUAUCCUGUAUGAUUCAAAGAAUCAAUUUUACCAUAAUUUUGACACAUUUCUAGCCAAUUUUGACGCAUUUUUAGCCAAUUUGACCAUUUUGACACAUUUCUGGGCAUGAGGUGCAGGCCUCUGCUUCCAUCUUUGUGCCCCCCUGCAUAGUUUAAUUUGGGUAUGAUAUAAAAUUGUGAUUCAAAACUAAUUUCCAUGGCAACCAUUGAAUAGUAUUCAUCCUGAUUCCUGAGACUGAAUGAGAUAUUGAUUUGGGUAUUUGGUGUCAAAAUAUUACUUUCUCAAUGUAUGGAAUAAUUCUGCUUUACUAAUUAAGCUUGAGACGGUUAAAUAUUCCCUUGAAUCUACCCAUUACAAAUCGUAAAUACCGAGUUCUGAUGGUGACUUGAAGAACUAUACAUAAAUUUCCCUAGUGUAAGUUUGUGUAAAAAAUAUCUUUUCCUGGACCAAACGUUGCCCUGAUCGUUAUAAAUCAUUUAUGUUUCGAAGAAAAGUCGAAGUCUUUUUGCGAGGAGGAACAAUAUGAAGUAAACGAUACAGACACCGUAAGUGUUUAGUGGAAGAGAAGGGGCUUUUCGGUUUUCCAUUUGAUUGGUAAAGUUUGAAGAUUAGUAACAUUAGCUUAACAAUCAUAUGCUUACAUUUAGCUGAUUAGAUAACAUGUGAUUAUGUUUCAUGAUAGAUGGUAUGAUGUCUUAACAUGUGUUGCAUGUUCCUUUUCAUCUUCUUGAUAAGAUCAUGUCUUAACAUGUGCUGCAUAUCCUUAUUAUUCAUCAUGUUGAUGCAUGGCACUGACUAUCUGAUGUAAUUUGUUGCAUAUUCGUACUUCAUUUUACUUCUGUUAAUCGGUUUUCUGAAUGAUUUUCUUGCUACGUUUAGACUGUCUUUAUUCUGGUCAAAGACUAAUGUGUUUCAGGAUCUGUUCUUGAAAAUGCUAGCCCGUUGUGGUAAAUUUAUGCUUGCCUUUGUUAUUACAUAGCUCUUUCCGAUUUACUGAAACCGCUUUGCUAUGAUUUUGGUCAAGUAAUACUGAUUUAGUUGGAUAACAGGCACAAUGGAUUAUCUUCAGGAUAGAUUAAAUCUUUGGUCGGCAUCAUCAUCGUCAUUCAAGGAUAUCAUGCAUAUGAUCAUCAUCAUCACCAUACCCGGUGUAUCCAACUCAUAGAAAACUAUGAUUAAGGUUUGGAGAUGGAAUGAAGGCAGCAACCCAUAGAACAUGAAAAAGAUGCGGACAAAGAGUCCUUUGCCUCUGAAAAUAUGCUUAAAAGAGAAGUUCCUGCACGAAAACGACUGUUAGUAUAGCAGGCCUGGUAAAAUUAAUUUACAUCUCAAUGGGAUCGAGAAUGGCGUACGUCUAAGGUGUUGUGGUUCUUGUCUAUUUCAUUUUCCACACUAGUGCAAAUAACAUUAUCAAAAUGACAGUUAGUCGAAAUUGAAAUCGUACGAGUUUUCUUUGUUGUUUCUUUUUUGCUCGUGCUUUUUAAUGUCACAUAAUUUGCAAAUUAUGGUCAGUCUUGGGUAU